AUUAAAUUUUGACCUGUCAUCGCCUUAAAUCCUCAUUCAAAAGAGAAACGCUUCGAAGCCUUGGCCAUGCUUUUGCAAAUGUUUGUGUUCCUCGCAGUUCAAACGGCAGACUGAGAGAGUGCGACCAAAUUAACCAAUUUACCACGAACAUAAUAGCUCACAAAAGAACUCCUCGGUUGACAGAGUUCAUUUGUGAAGUGCAAUAAUUCGGGUUUCCAAAGAUACAAGGUCUCAAUUCAAGAACUAAUCGAGCAGAACCGUGGACGAAUUUUCAUAAAACUUUACCAAAUACCGAAGCAAACCCAAAGCACAAGUAAUAAGCGAAAUCAGUUCUGGACUGGCCGUAUAAGCAUUUGAAAUCACGACAUGAAUCGGUCACCUGAGGCCACCGCUAAACUACACGCAGAAUUUCUGACAGCCGUGGAGCUGCUGAAUAGGGAAGAGGUUUACAGACUUCUGAGGCUGGGGGUAAACAUCAACACGCAGAAUAAAGCCGGCGACAGUCCUCUACAUCAGUGUAUCAAAGAUGGCAAACUGGAUUCAGUGAAACUGCUUGUGGAUUUCGGAGCAGAUAUCACGCUUCCUAACCGAGAUGGCUGGUCUCCGAUGCAUGUGGCGACAUUUCUUGGAUACAGAGACAUGAUGUUGUAUCUUCUUAUGAAUGGGAGAUAAUUGGAAUACAUUUUUUUGAUUGUAGUAUGCUUUGCAGUGUGGCAUCUGUCACGCGAUCCAUUCAUCAGUUCAAUGAGGACAGGUUGAAAUAUACUUUUUUUUUAACUUCGACAUUACAAGAAGCGCCGAUUCAAGGAGUUUCUACUGUUUUUUUGCAUUUCGUUACGCAAACCGUAAAGCCCCGUGCAAACCGGCCAGCACCUGCCAGCAUUGCUGGCGAAUUCUUGCUCGACUGACAAGACAAAGAAAAUUUCAGAAAGUCCAUUUCCCAUUUCCUGUGCCCUAUAGUGAGUCAAAGGAAAAUUCACCAGCAAUGCUGGCAGGUACUGGCGCAGUUUGCACGGGGCUUAAAAACUGAUAAGAGUGACUGCGGUUUUCAAUAAUCUGCGAACUAGUAAUUUCUAACCGCUUUCUGCCUUCCUUCAUUCAAACUAACGCUAUUACAUUUUUCUUUAUGUUUUUUAUUAUGGAGAGACGAUUCGAAUUUCAGUGCAAGCCAAUAAAACACUUCAAGGAUUUUGAAUGACGGAAGACAAAAGGCGAUUUUAGAAAUCGUCGACGGAGAGUUCACAUAACAUUGAUAACUACAGUUAGCCUGGUGCUUAGGGGCGUAAUAAUGGAAAGAGGGGCUUGAUAAUGGAAAGAGGGGUGUAAUAAUGGAAAGAGGGGCUUGAUAAUGGAAAGAGGGGCUUGAUAAUGGAAAGAGGGGCUUGAUAAUGGAAAGAGGGGCGUAAUAAUGGAAAGAGGGGCUUGAUAAUGGAAAGAGGGGCUUGAUAAUGGAAAGAGGGGCGUAAUAAUGGAAAGAGGGGCUUGAUAAUGGAAAGAGGGGCUUGAUAAUGGAAAGAGGGGCUUGAUAAUGGAAAGAGGGGCGUAAUAAUGGAAAGAGGGGCUUGAUAAUUAAACGAGGGGGCAUUUUUAAAAUCUGAAUUUAACUUACCGUAAGUUAGUGAAAAUAAGAUUCGCACGCAAAUGGAGAUGAAACAGUCGAUUUGAAGUCUUUUUUUUAGUAUCAUCACCUAAUUCCCACGCAUCCUAGUUUUUGCGAAAAUGUAUUUUCGCGUCACCAUACUUUCGCAAAUUUUUUGCCGCGAAAAAAAGUGUAGUAUAAAGCAAAUCAUGAAUCUACAGCUUUGUGUAAAACAUUUUGGUGGUUGAGAGAGGGAUUUUUUUUAACUUGGAUUGGUGAUUAGAUUAUGGUCUAUAUAACAAUGAUAUUGAGCGAUUAAAAAAAAACAUUAA